UAAACAGUGAAGCUCUCUUUAAAGAUCGUGUUGUAACAGAAGCUAUAAAAUUUCGUUAAUAGAAAAGUAGAUAAAAUUAAAAGUCUUAAUGAAGACUGCUCCACAUCAAAGGCUAGUUAUGGUUGGAGAUCGCGACGGGCUAAAAGAGUUGCUACGUCGUCGAUUAGUUGAAUGUGGAUGGAGAGAUCAAGUAAAAUUAAUCUGCAAGGAUUUAAUAAAAGAACAUGGUCACGAUAUUACUUAUGAUAAAUUGCUUUCAAUGGUUACAACUAAAGCAAGAACACUUGUUCCAGACUCUGUUAAAAAGGAACUCCUACAGAAAAUAAAAAAUCAACUGAUUGCUCAAGAAGAAAAAUUAAAAAUGUAACAAUAAGAAAUUCAUUACACUGUCAUACGAUAGCCAUAUUGCAAUAUCUGAUAAAUUUACGCUAAGUUUAGAAAUAAAUUAUAUUUAUAUAUAAACUGAUAGAAGUACCUUGGUUGUCUAACUAUAAGGUUGUCUAAAUAUAAACCUAUUUUGCAUUUAAUUACAUUUUACUAUUUAUGUAAUUAUAUAUAAAAAAAAAAACGGUUGUUUUAAUUUAAGAAAGUAUAAGAAAUAAUAAAUGUUGCUUGGAAACUGUCUACAGACAUCAGUUGAAAUAGAUAGCUAGAUCAUUGAUACAAUGUUAAAAAAGUUAACCAAAAAAUGCAUCUCGACAAAGCAGCUUCUAGCGGACAAUGACCAAACUAUACGCGGGAAGCAAAAUUCGUAACGGCGCGGCGAUUAAUGAAGGAUGAUCCAGAUACCAUGAGCAGCUAGCAACAAUCAAUAGUAACCAAUAGCAACGAUCUUACUAAUUUUUUCUUCUUGACUUCUUGGUCAUUCUUUAUCGCAUUUGGAAAGAAUUUGAAAAUUGUGGAUGUUGGAAGGAUUUUAAAUAAUUAAACACUCUGUUCAUUUGCAAAAUAAAAUUGUUUUAUUCAAUUCAA